AUAUUGCCUACGUCAUUAGCGGGCAGGUGAGGACAGGUGAGCAGCCGCUCUGAUCUAACCUACCUGAUCACGCUAUGCAAGAGUUUUUUCCGCAGGACUGCGACCCUCACGUUGUCCCAUGAACCACCAUUUUGCAAGAGCGAGAAACAUGCCGAUGAAUAACAACCAGAGGAAUGGGAGUGCAGUGGUCAGACUGGCCAAGCUGCCCGUGGUCCGCUCAGCAUGUGCGGUUCUCUCGGUCUUGUACCGUGACACCAAGUGCAGUCACCCGAGCCUGCAGUCCGUGUGCGACGUGCUGGAGACGGGGGUGACAGCUAUAGGCUCCGUGGCCUAUGGCCGCGUUUCACCUGUCAUUAUUAAACUGGAGCCCCAAAUUUCCGUUGCGAAUGAUGUGGCAUGUAAAGGUCUGGACUGGCUGGAGGCAACAUUCCCAGUGCUUCAGAAACCCACAGAGCAGAUCGCUGCCAGUGCCAAGAACAAGAUGCUGGAGGUGAAGGAUAUGGCGAGCAUCGCAGGCAACGGGACUGUGGACUGUGUGCAGCACACUAUCUCAUGGAUGACUGGGAGGAAACAACAGGUGACAGAUACUGUCAGGAAAAUGGCUAAUGAUGACAGGACUGACCAGUCACUGGUGAAGACGGCCAUCAGUGUGGCCAGUGUGGGACUGGACUCUGCUCUUAGCAUGUCUGAGGCCCUGAUAGACCAAGUGCUUCCCCCCUCUGAGGAAGAUGAAGAAGAGGAAUCCAAGAUGGUGAGGGGCUUUGAGGCUGCCAAAAUGAGAACCAUUUACCCCGUGCGACUGGUUUCACUCACUGUCAAACUGUAUAGAAGAAUCUACCACAAUGUUGGAGCCAAGAUGCACACUGUACAUGUCUGGAGUCAGCACACCUUUGAUUUGGACAAGCUUGCUUUAAUGGUGGAGUGGAACGACUGUCACAUUCAUGUUAAACAGCAGGAGGAGGUCAUGGAGAGGUGCUGCUCCUCAGGUCUGGUUCAGCACCUUCAGACUAGUUGGCUGAGUGUGACCGGGAGCCUCCAUGUCGUGCCCCAGCACCUGCAGCAUCAGGCUGUGUGUGUGCUCUCCUUUGUGUCACAGAUGUACAACCUAAGCUGCCCUGCAUCCCAACAAAACCUGCCCAGUCAAAUCCGAGCUUCCCUGAAUGCUGCACUGGCAUACUUGCCCCACAGCUCGUUCCCUGUCCAGCCACAGGCUAUGUCCAAUGGCCAGAGGAGGAGGAGGAGGCCGCCCAAGACAUCUGUUUUUGAUAAUGGGUGUAGUGCUAGGGGUUAUACAUAUCGUUAGUGAUGACCAUGGUAAUUUUCAUUUAUCUACAGGCUUGUUAGCUGAUCCUGUUGACUUGGAAUUUGCUGCAGACUAUUAUUGGUCUAUAAUAAAGUAAGCUGUGUGAAGA